AUGGCCAUGGCUUCUGUUGUGAAAGUGGUUCUUGGCUCAAUUGCCUUUGCAGUCUUUUGGGUAUUGGCAGUGUUCCCGGCUGUCCCUUUUCUGCCAAUUGGGAGGACUGCAGGGGCCCUCCUAGGAGCAAUGCUUAUGGUUAUUUUCAGAGUCUUAACUCCCGACCAAGCAUAUGCUGCUAUUGAUCUCCCAAUCCUUGGUCUUUUGUUUGGGACAAUGGUUGUCAGUAUUUACCUUGAAAGAGCAGAUAUGUUCAAAUAUUUGGGUAAGUUGCUCUUGUGGAAAACCCAAGGAGCAAAGGAUCUGCUCUGUCGAAUCUGCUUGAUUUCUGCAAUUUCCAGUGCUCUCUUCACUAAUGAUACCUCUUGCGUGUUUUUGACUGAAUUUGUUUUAAAAGUUGCAAAACAGCAUAACCUCCCACCUCAUCCAUUCCUACUUGCCCUUGCCUCAAGUGCAAAUAUUGGGUCUGCAGCAACCCCGAUUGGUAAUCCUCAGAACUUGGUUAUAGCUGUUCAGAGUAAGAUUCCUUUUGGAAAAUUUGUGAUCGGAAUUCUCUCUGCAAUGCUUGUGGGAAUUUUUGUGAACGCUUUAAUCCUUUUAUGUAUGUUCUGGAGGUUGUUGUCUGUCCUUAAGGACGAGGAAGAUCCAGCUGGAGAAGUUGUUGUAGAGGAGGACGUAAGUUCUCAUCGGUUUUCACCAGCCACAUUGUCACAUAGUGCAUCCUUAAACUCCCAAGAACUGAACUUCAGAUUAGACACCACAGAUGUGAAAAGUUCUCCAAAUUUUAGUGGGAACAUAGAUAAUGUUGAGACUCUUAGAAACCGAUUACCUUCAAGUGAUAAUGAAAUAAACAACGUUCAUAGUGGUGCUUUGGACUCUGCCAGAAAUUCAAUUGCUUCAAAAGAGGGGACACUUGAUGUUUCUUCUCAAAAAAGGGAGGAAACGAUCCUAUCGGAAGGGGCUGCGUCAAACAAUAGACUGAGAGAUGCAUGUCCUACAGAGUCUUUGGAAGAGAAGGAAAAUCUGACCACAAGAUGGAAAAGAUUGCUGUGGAAAUCUGGUGUUUACCUUGUUACUAUAGGAAUGCUGAUUGCAUUGCUUAUGGGCCUGAAUAUGUCAUGGUGUGCAAUUACUGCUGCACUUGCUCUAGUGGUUCUUGAUUUCACAGAUGCUCGGCCAAGCCUAGAAAAGUGUCUCGUAUUCGGUCUUAUUAAUUUUCUUCUGUGGAAUGUUUAUAACCGUCGAAGGGUUUAA